CAGUGAUGUCUGAGCACGAGUCGCGAAAAGCAGUAAGAUUGCCGUUCGACGUACCCCGGCAGCACCAUGGACUUUAGCCAGUGAAGGACGUCUUCCGGCGGAUCAGGGAAGCUCAUCAUGGGCAGUCCUUCGAACGUCUCCCCGUUUUUGGGCUGCGGAAUGGAGAGGAUGUUGGCCAGGACGGACGAGUUGGCGGCCAGAAUGCUCUGGUGAAUGCGGCACGCUUGUUCUCCGACACGAACCACGAUAGACCCAUCCGAGAACCAGAGAUCUUCGACCCUCUUCAGGCGCAAAGCUGCAUAAUCGCCCCGGGGGUUUUGGAACUCCAUGGCAGGAUACGGAGAGAGCAAAAAGGCAGUCAAAGCUUGCACUUGAAGAGAGCACGACGCGUUGUUGUGGUUUGUGUAUUCUACGCGUCGCGCCUUGUCCUCGACUCUGAGCAACUGCUGGGCGCCCCCACGUUCCUCGGCGCCGACCAUCAUCACAUCGAGGAGAGGAUGGAGCAGAUUCCACGACUCAAAUCCCUGCUCUUGUCCAUCGCAAACGGCGCCACCGCGCCGAACCUUGAACAAGAUGUCUUCAACGCUCUGAACGCGUCGAAAGACCAGUUGAUACGUAUAUUCGAUGUGGGGGCACGGAAUACGGCAGAGAAGAAGGAGCUAGAGGCUGGUCGCAUGCACAUCAAGGACAGCCAGCGUGCGCUGAACCGCGAAUUUGUACAACAGGCGCUCUUCCUGGCGCAAGAGCUCGACUGCUCAGAAGCUUACGUCACCGAGAUUCUGUGGGAGGUGCAGAACGAGUACCACAACGACGACCCCUUGCGCUGGAUCGAGCUCUCAGUGGCGGUCUUCCAUCGACGACGGCGAGACCUGGCACAUUGCCUCGAACUACUAUUUGACCUGGUCAAGCUUUCAGGCGAUGAUCGGUCGUCCCUCAGAGUGUGGGCACGUAAUGAACUCAUCGGCAGCCCAUCUACCGUGUCAUUCCCCGCGCGCCUCAUGAAGGAGCUGGAGAACCUGACGAACUUGAUCGCGCGAACAGAGGUGGCGAGAAGAAACGCGCGCAGCAACACAAUGGCCACAGGGCCAGGAACGUUCGCGCUCGGUGCUGAUGUCCUCACUGCUCGCAUCGAGUCCCUCAGGAGCGAGAGGCGAACAAUAGCCCUCGUGCUCUGCGCCGUCCUCGCAAAUGACUUCUUCGGCCCGUCCGACAUCAAGACGAUUGUCGACUGGCUAGCUGAACGGCCAAACGACCCACUGACGUACUACAUGCUCACCGCCCUCUUCACCGUGAUCGAGCCGUCAGAGGAGCCCUUCCGCCAAGCUCUACCCCGCGACGCGUCGCUCGUGUCACACAUGUCUCAAAAGCUUGCCCCGACCACUCGCUGGAAGGACACCGGCCUGAAGGGCGCGAUCUUGCUGAAGUGGACUCUCUUCCUGACAGACGCGCGACAUCUGGAUGAGAAGCUCGAAGCGCGCCCCGGUCUCACGGCCGACGAGCUUGAGUCCCAGACGUACAAUGCUAUCUACGCCGGCGCCUUCCAAUUCCUCACUUGCGUCAUGCUGCACCUGGAACGGCAACGAACUCCUUCGACGCGCGACUUUGACCUUUCUCAAGCGCAGCUCGACCAGCGGGAACCACCUCCAGAUGCUUUCAGGCCUUUGAUGUAUGCUACCUUCCAGAGCCUGGUUCGCAGCACCAUCUCGUAUGCGUCCCCUGUCAUCCGCAAGAUCAAGCAGAAACAAGAGGAUCGCGGGCUCGCGCGCGGCGACCGACAAAAGGCGCCAGAGGAGCAACGCAACGACAUCCCGACCCUCUUCGCCUUUAUCGGCCAGCUAUACUCCGCCCUGCCACCCGACAGUGCCCUGCCCUUCUGGGGCUCCGAGCCGCUCGCGGGCGUGAAGAGCCUGCACGAGCAGAUGGAGGUCGAGACUGGCAAGCUCCCCAACUUCCUCCAAUUCGCCGUCUGGCAGACGCCCGUCCCGCCCGUCGGGCAGCCGCACGCGGACGCGUCGAUGGCGAUCGCGCUGUACGACAUGCUCAGCGGGCUCGCGCACGGUCCGCAGUGCAGCGAGCUCGCGUACAACUUCAUGGCGCGCGCGACGGGCGACGUCGUCGCGGGCGGCAUGCUCGCCACGGGAUCGUCUGGCGGGCAGGGCGUGUCGUGGGCGGCGAUCUUCAACACGCUGGAGUACUGGGUCAAUUUGGGGCCGCCGCGGACGGCGCAGGCGCAGUCGCUCAUUCCGGGUGCGUCGUUCUUGGGACAGGCGUCGGCGUACCAGCCGCAGCCGGUGCAACAGCCGCCAAAGCCUAUAUCAAUCUCGCUGGGUGAGGUCUUGCUGGCGCAGGCGUUCCUCAGGUUCACUGCGACGGUGGUGCGGGACUCGCUGAACGUGCGCGAUAUGAUGGCGCGACAUGUCCAGUUCCAUGGGCGGCAUGCGAUCCAGGACAUGGCCGUACUGAUCACGCUGGCGGUUCCGCUCGAGCUGAAGGCGUCGCUUUUCGAGACCCUCGCCGCGUUCGCGGAGCCCGGUGGCGGCAGCGAGGGCACGGAGAUAUGCAUGGGGAUCUGGACGGCGAUGGAGAAGGAGCAGGUCAUCGACGUCCGCGGGCCCACCGGUCCCUCCGCCCUCGCCGUACCCCCGACAAAGGGCGUCGAAGUCGAGCUCGAAGAAAUCGAGGUCCCGAACAAGGUCUUUCCCGAAACAAUGGGCUUCCUGCGCCUGCUCACAACCCUCGCACACACCCCAAAGCGAAUCUCCGCCCGCGAUCGCGCGCUCGACGCCGAGAAGCUCAACACUGUGCCGCCCACGCUCGGCCAGCCGUACCGGCACCCGGGUAUCGGGCCCUACGUGCGCUUCGUCGUCGACACCGUGUUCGCCAACGUGCAUUCAAGGGAGUACAAGAACCCAUCGGACCGGUGGGAGAUCAACGAUCUAUGUUUGUGCUUCAUCGAGCGCCAGCUCGCGAGCUUCGCGCCGGAGCGGCUGACGGAGGUGGGCGAGGACGCGGCAGCGCUGCGCGCGAUCGUCGAAAACCUCGUCGUGCACCCGGGGUACGAGCUCGCGGUGCGCUUGCUGUCGGACACGCCGCUAAGGACGACGAUUCUUCGGUAUACGGUGGACGGGAUCGACGGGCUAGCCUCGGAGCUGGGGCAAGAGCCGUUCUUCUGCUCGUCGCUCAUCCGGGUGGUGCGCAUCAUCCAGCGGGUGUUGGAGAUCCAGGACGUGUUUCUCGACGUGCUUGUUCCCCUGCUCGCGGACGCGGGCGACGUGUCGAAGGUCUCCGCGCAUGUGCACCCGCGCUCGUACUACACACGCUUCGACCAGGCCCUCUCGUUCAACGUCGCGUACGUUCCGUCGCUCGCACGGUGCAUGGCCGCCCCGCAGUAUGGCGAGCUGGUGCUGCUGGCGAUGAAGAUCAUCAGCUCGCUGGCGUCGUCGCACUACCUGCCGAACCUCGCCACCCUGAUCGAGCGCUCCUCGGAGUCGGAGGAGAUCCUCGCGGGCCUGGUGCAGAUCCUGCGUAGCGACUCGAUGCAAGACGUGCAGGAGGCAGAGGACUACGCGUCUCAGGUGACGGGUGCCGGUGCCCUUGACCCCUUGACGGACUCUGCGUCGCUAGAGCAAGCUAUCCGCCUCGCCGCGCUGGACCUCUUUGUCGAGAACACGAAGACGGAGCGGAAGUUCCCGAACGUGGCGCAUCUAUUCCUCUUCAGUCAGUUGUUGCCGACGCGCAAGGGGAUCGAGGACGCACAUGCGCUUGGUGCGAAGACGACCUGCUUCCACGCCAUCCUCGAGCUCGUCAACCACGCUAUGCCCAAGGUCGGUGACAAGGGCAAGGCGCCUGCUAUCGAGGGCGCGACGGCCCCUGGGACGCCGCUCUUCCUCGCACUGCCCGGCUUGGCGGAGAAGUGCUAUCAAGUGAUCCUCAACCUCUGCCAACACCCACGGACGUCGGAGGUGACGAUGCGCUACCUCCGCUCGCACGACCAUUUCUUCGCCCGGCAGCUCGCCGCGAUGCGCAACUACGUGCCCGAGACCGUUUUGGAGCCGUCGGUCGGGAUACAAUACCCAGACGGGACACAGAUCCAGACGACAGUGCACGAGCUGAGCGCGUUCUUGCGCCUGCGGGCGAUAGUGUUCGACCUCGCCGCACUUGACGUACACGAAGUUGUGUCUAAGGGACGCGUCUCGGCAGCCACGACCACGCUCGAGGUCCUCUUCGGCAACGACACCGAGGUCGCGCAGGAUAUCUGGGGCCUCCAUCCCUUCCACGACAUCGGGCAGACGAACAUCCGCGUGGUUGAGUUUGUGCAGUCGCUCGCGUUCGAGGUGUUCGACCACCUGCAGGUCGACCCGCUUAAGCUGACUUUCCUCGCCGAGCUCGAUCUCGCUUCGUGCUUCCGCAAGGACGCGCAUGGGUGUGAUAUUGUCGACCGGGCUGCACUGAUCUCUCUCCUCACGCGCGCCAAGGCGAUUUUGUGGGCCAAGGGCGCCAUCGCGGACAACCAGGACUCGGUCAAGCUUGGGCAGGAGGUGUUCUACAUCUUGGAGAGCUGCGCAGUCGAAAACCACAGACGCGAGAUUGGGUAUGCGAUGGCGAACGCGUAUGCGGCGUGGGCGCGGCUUUUGAACAUUGUGCUGCACCGCUGCUUCUCAAGACUAUCACCAGAUCGUCGGGAGAGCGCCCUGUUUGAGCUCGUCCACGUCCUCCCACCAAUCGCAGCCUCGGCGCAGGUGCAGGCCGAGACGGCAGUCGUAUUGGCUGAGACGAUCCUGACCUGCGUCGUCAAGCUUCGUGAGAACCGGCAUAACCAAGCGAUGUUCGACAUGGACGCGCUACCUCCAGAGCGAUUGCUCGCCAUCUGCCGAAGCAUCCUCGGGUGCAUCGUCAACAGCGGGCACAACGAGCUUGUGCGCGGAAACCUUUACGCCGCCCUCAUCAAUUACCUGCAGCUCGCGCAACCACAGCGCGGCGCACCCACACCCUCCGAACCUCCUCUAGCCCUUUCCCUCCUAUCAUCCGUCGCAACACGGGAAGUCGCCAACGGCAGCGUCGUGAACGGGCGGAGCACCUCCCAGGUCGAGCUGGGCACGGUGGCGCUGGUGAAGACCAUCGUGGACCGGCUGACGGCGAUUGUGUCGCGCGACGCGAUCAGCGGGACGGAGGUGUGGAAGACGGUCGCGUUCAUCUUGCUCGACGCGCUGCAGGGGCUGUCGAAGGCGGACAAGCAGCAGGCGAUACUGAGCGCGCUGUCGCGGCAUGGCAUCCUGGCGAACUUUGUGCAGGGCUUGAAGGAGGCGGAUGCGUUCUUGCAAGGGGUGUUGAAGCCGGAGCCGGACGACUUGAACCCGUUAUAUGUGUACGAGGCGAAGAUGUCGCUGUUCACGCAGAUGGCGUUGACAAGACAAGGAGCGGAGCGGCUGCUGGAGUCAAGGUUGAUUGCCAUCUUGACGGAGUGUGACUACUUGGACGCUCGUCCAGAGGCGGAUCAGGCGUUCAUGGACCAAGACUCCUUCUUACCAUCCGCUAUCCACCGAUAUCACCAGCUCUUCAUGCCAGCGCUGCAAGUCCUGAACGCGAUGAUCGUAACGCUUGGCGACAAGCAUGCGACGGCGGCGAACGCGAUACUCGAAUUCAUCACCACCCACCACGCUACGAUCGCCAUCCUCAUUAAGACGGACGUAGAGUCCUUGUCGCUAUCCACGGUCGAGGAGCUGCACCUUAUCGUCUCGCUGUGCACGAGGGUCUUGCCGUAUGUGGAGAAGGAGCAGCUAGCCUCGCCGACCACCGCCUUCGGCUCCCUCCACGCCGCCGUUCUCAACCUUGCCUCGAGAUGCAUCUGCAACAGCCGCUGGAUCAAGUUCGUCACGCCGCAGACAGAGACGGAGGGUGUUUGGGCAGGUGUGCAUGGCGAGGGCCUCGCCCCACGAUCAAAAUUCGACGACGCCGUGCAGAGGAAGUCAAGACUACUCCGACACGCGCUGAUUUCCUAUCUUGGCGUCGCGAGCGGGUUCACGGAAGAGGACCUGACGCUAGUGCUCUCGCCGCUGACUGCGCUGCCGAGGAGUGAGGAGCAGAGGGGGCAGUUUAGUGCUGCCGUGCCCACACUCGGCGAUGCACUACAAGCCCUGAACGAGCUGUGUACCGAGGUACAGGAGGCGUUCACGCAGUUGCGUUACGUGGCGGCGGAGCUGGCGACGAGGGACACGGUGCGGGUGGAUAAUGUCGAGGAGAUCGUCCGCGACAUUGAUCCGAAGGUCCUUCGGGGGCUUGAGAUCGGCAGGAAGCGCGCCUUGAUCUGCCGAGAAUAUGAGAGGAUACAGGACUCGCUACGGGAUGAUGCGAAGCUGGUGUUGACAACGACGGAGAUGCUCCUCCUCCUGUUGUGGCGACACGCAAGCCACUACGUCGAGCAUCCGGCAGCGAGCCAGAGCCAGCUUCGGUCAUCACUAGCACAGUCAAUACGCUUCCUGUCGAUACCGCCUGCGGACGAGAUGCGGAUGGAUGUGUAUGCAAAACUGGCGCCGGCGUUGCAGAGACUGGAGGGGUUGGAUACGGUACGUUUCCUCUUCAGAUCUGGUUGCACCUUGUCGUGUUUGCUUCCGCCUCGUCGCGCGUGUUUCGACUUGUGUGGUGCUUCGAGCUUGUGUGAUGCACCGAGCCCUUGUGGUGCCUCAAACCCGUUGGCCACCCCUGCAGAACCAUUUGCUGACCCCUAUCACAGCUCUUCCCUCCAGAAUGGCAGUCCAACCAAAUGUAUAUCGGAAUCAUGCUUGCGAGGCUGCGCGGUCUGACGGAAGUUGGUGUGCUCACGGAGGCGUAGGAGGGGCGCGUAAUAUACUGUUUGUUUGCUCU